CAAAUAUUUUUUCAUAUUAUAUUUAUACUAUAUUUUAUAUAUUCUAUCAAGAUAAUAGUUUCUUUACAAUAUUAUAAAUAGAAACGAUAAUUUCUUUGAUGCAUCUAAUAAGCAUUAAUGAAUGUUUUGAUGUAAGAUGAUUCUAGUCUGUUUUCGUCUUGCUCUUUGCCAAUUGGUCGAUCUCAAAGGACGACAUAUAACCGGCGUAUCAAGUUCAGGAAGGUUAAUAACAAAACAAAUGACUGUCUACUUCUAGCUGACGUCUCCCGCCAUUUCCGCGAGUCCGCUUAUGUCAAAUUACGGGAUCGUAUCAUAGUGCGCAAUCAUGAGCUAACUUUCUAAAGUGUGCCCGUGCAAAUUUGAUCAUUUUUCGUACAUGUCUCUUCGUGCUAUGGCAGAUCCUUUCAUGCAAGUGUUUAUACGCGUGCGAUUGUGAACUUCUAUAACUUUCAGUGAACUUCUAAACACAAAAGGAAAGAUGCCGAAACUCGCAAUAGCCAUGAGUGAAACACACCAACAACCACGCUUUGCCAGCCACACUCAGUCCUCUCUAAUGAAGGCACGCACGCCAAUGAAAUUGAAAAAGAAGCUGUCAUUAAGAAAGGAUGUGAACGAAUCGAAGAAAUCGCAAGGAACCAUUAUUUUCAGAUCGAAUGGAAUUCGCAAGAGACGAAAUAGCAUUAUAAAGCAAAGGAAAAGUAUGCAGAUGCUAAUAACGAUCCUGAAGCAACAACGAGACCGUCGCACGACUGGUUUUCUUAAUGGCAGUAGUGAGCUAGUAGAAACGACUUGUCUGUUGGAGAAUUCAUGCAUUUCUCUUCCUAGCGAUUUGAUCAAUGACAUCUCUUGUGAUCUCAAAAAAUGUACUGGUAGUCCAGCUAAAUUGGCGUCGACUAUUCGCAGUAAACUGACCAAAGUCGUCGAUGAGCACGUUAAUUUGCAAAUUUCUUUUCAAGAUGAAAUAAACUGUGAAGAAAGAGAUAAUUCGGAAGAUUCUCUUCCGAGUUACAACUCUUCCGAAGAUCAGACGAUCACAAAUGUCGCGUGUAAGCUUCAGUUGCAUUUGAGCGACGAAGAAGAGCCUAUGAACUGGCGUCAUGAAGACGAAGUCCACCAACGCCCGACAGAAUCUGAAAACUUCAACGAUAUUCCAAACAAAGUUGGCUCCGAGGUACAAGUACAUUUGCAAAAUGCAAAUGUCACGACGAAUCGCAAGCGCUUUCGAAAAUAUUGGCUGAAAAACAAAAAAGUUUCUAAUCAAAGCCAACACGUUGAUAACCCGCAGAAUAAUUUGUCGACGAAAGAAAGGCCAAUUAUAAAUGUUUCUACAACUACCAGAAAGAAAGAUACUCUUGAAAAGAAUCCUGCUUCUAAUCAACGAGCUUGGAAACCACCUGGCGUUUCAAAAACUUGGGUUGCAGAAAGCACAACAUCUUUACAAUCAAUGUCGCAAAAAUCAUCUCAGUCAGUCAGAAAGUUCACCACCUCGACGAAGAGUAAACAUGCGUCGAUUGAAUACAUCAACAAAUCUACAAGUGCAUCAGUAUCGGCAAACCAGACCAAGAUAUUAAUGAAAGAAAACAGAGAUCCUCGCGCAAAUCGCAUGACGAAAAUCUGCGACCAUCUUACGGAGACGAAACAGCGGCAGAUAUUGCAAGGUGAAGGGGCGUUGCCAAAGACGAAACGAUCAAAGACAAAAAUCUCAAAAGUUCAACGUGACAACGCAAAUCUCCAGAGUCCAUCGAAAUCGCGACAUUCUCAAACGCCACCGUUCAUGUUGAUGGAAUCCUCGAACAUCGAACCGCAAUGUGCUGAAUCUAUUCCGAUGUAUAAAAGAAGGACAAGAACUUUGGAAGUGAUGCAUACAUUAAAAGAGAUUAUUGACAAUGUAAAAGGAAACGAGGAUACGGAGAAAAGUGCCGUGAAGAAUGACGAUUACGAUCAUGAAACAAACAGCGAGAUUCCAACGUCGCCAAAUUGCGACACUUUACAGAGUAACGAUAUUUAUACGAAAGAUGUAAACUUGAAUAAAGUAGAUCAAUUGUCUCGAAAAUCAAUAGGCACACAAACGGAAUUAGAUAUCCCUUCGCGUUGUAAAAUCGACGCUGAAAAGGUUCAAGACGGAACUUUUGAAGACAAGACUUUUAAAGUUCUGACGAAACUCUUAAAGCUGACUCAAAGUGUAGCAACACAAACAUCUUCAAGUUAUAAUAAAAAUAUAGUUGAUAUUGGGUGUAAUACUUCUAAUAAUGAUGUAGAAGUUUCCUAUGAUCUUAUAAGUUUCACAAACUUGGAAACAAAAGUUAAUCCAACCACGAUUGAAGAUAAAUUGAUAUCUGUUCCUACAUCUGUUAAACAUGUUGGAAUUAAUGAUGGAAGUAAAAACACUAAUGAAAAUGCAGAUCUUUUGCUCGCCAAAUGCGAAAAGACAUUAAAUAUACAAAUGAGUUUAAAAUUAGAAAAUUGUGAUAAUAUGGAAAUUACAGCAGAAUCAACAAAUGCUGCUAGUGAAGAAACAGAAAAGAUUAUGCAUGAAAAGAUUUGCCAAAAUUUUUUACAAUCGCCGAAAAAUUUUAAUGAUAAAACAAGCACCGAUAUCAAUAAACAAGAAUCCACAAAGUGCUUCAGUAAUCAUGGUGCAAGUAGUACUUCAGUAAAUAAUUUAGAAAGAUUAUCGAUCUGCGACUAUGAUGCGACUUGUUCUUCCAAGAAAGUCGCGAAAUGUUUCGAAAACGAUGAAGAUUCAUCGAAACUGAAAAUGGAGUAUAUACCAAGUGUGAUUGCGGCUUUUGAACUCGCAGCGGAGCGUGGGCGUAAUCUUCGCGAAGCAGUCAUCAUAUAUUACAAAAACUUAAUGUCGAAGGUAUCUGAAAAGCGAAAUGAGGAGACGGUUGAUGAUUGCGAAACGUCAAAGCAUUACGAUUUUGAGAAAUGUGCUUCUUUCAAAAGUCGCGAAAAUGAAGAUUACAAGAUAGAAUUAAACACGAAAGAUUACUCCGGAAUGUCCUCAUACUCCUCCGAUAGCUCCGAUCUAAUAUCCGAUUCUGAAUAUCAGAAACUUUUAAAAGAACUUGAUACAUACCUAAAAGAGGAAAGUGAUAUUUUUUCAGGAGAAGAGGAAGCAGUAACAAACUUGAACGUAAACAAACGCUCUGAGCUUGAGGAUAUGAAAUCGUUGGUGUGUCGCGCGGAAGAUGAAUAUGCGCUCGAGUUACUAGAAAAAACAUCAGAAGAUAGUGACGAAAGUUUUGAAAUGGAAAACCUAAAAAAUGGUAAAAUUUUGGCACUUCCCUCGUCGAAUAAAGAAACUUCCCUUAUAUCGCGCGCGAAUCUACUUCCUCUUAUUUGUUGCGUCAUCUGUACUGUAAUAUUUUGGUGUUUGCAAUUUUCAUUUCGAUGUGACUCAACAAAGUAAUUUUUUUUAAGUAAUUUUAUGUAUUCGGACUUUGCACAGUAUAAUUUUGAUUUCAUUGAUAAUCGUUUAAGUUAUAUUUCCUUUGGUUUCAAUAAAUAUAUUCCGUGUACAUGUUACAUUUUAUUAUAUUUUUUAUUAUUAUAUAUAUGUAUACAUAAACAUUUAUUAUACGUUUUACGUUUUACAAAAAUAUAAACUUACGAAAACUUUGAAAAAGUGCAUUGUAAAAAAAUUUCUUUCGUAGGAUAGAGAAAUUCUGUAACGUUUGCAUAACAAUAAAACAUUUUAAUACUGGGAGAAAAGAAA